AUCGUCUCAGCCUCUCCGUUCUUGUAUUAUCUUGCAUUGCUUGUCGUGCUCUCAUUCACGCUGUCUCACGACUGCCCGACCUCCCACCGGCGUCUCUGCCUUCUCCACCGCCGUUAGCUUGGAUCUAGACAAUCCCUCACGACCCCAUCUACGACCUCUUAAGUAACGCAUCCGUCCUUCGGUAUCAAUGGAGAACCAACGCCAGGAUCCCGAGGAGUUCUAUGUCAAACAGGACCGAAUUGGCAAGGGGUCCUUUGGCGAGGUCUACAAAGGCUAUGACAAGCGUACCCAAAAGACCGUCGCGAUCAAGAUCAUAGAUCUUGAGAGUGCCGAGGACGAGAUUGAAGAUAUUCAGCAAGAGAUUCAAAUACUGUCCCAGCUCGAUUCACCGCAUGUCACCAAAUACCAUGGCUCAUACUUGAAGGGAUCCCACCUCUGGAUUGUCAUGGAAUACUGUUCAGGGGGUUCGUGCUCUGACUUGAUGAAACCGGGCGUGUUCCGCGAGGAGUAUAUUGCUAUCAUAGUCCGGGAACUCCUGAGGGGCUUAGAGUACCUUCACACUGAGGGAAAGCUCCAUCGAGACAUCAAAGCCGCGAACAUCUUGCUGUCGGCCAACGGUGACGUAAAGUUGGCGGACUUCGGUGUCUCGGGGCAGCUGUCGGGUACAUUGUCUGCGAAGAAGAAUACGUUUGUAGGGACGCCGUACUGGAUGUCACCAGAAGUUAUCAAGCAGAGCGGCUACGACCACAAAGCCGACAUCUGGAGUCUGGGUAUCACGGCGAUUGAACUGGCAAAAGGCGAACCGCCAUAUGCUGAGCUCCAUCCCAUGAAGGUCCUCUUCCUGAUCCCGAAGAACCCACCGCCGACGCUGGAAGGUCCAUUCACAAGGGCGUUCCGCGAGUUCGUAUCUUGCUGUCUGCAGCGUGACCCGAAGGACCGCCCAACUGCCCGGGAACUUCUCAAGCACAAAUUCAUUCGUAUGGCCAAGAAGACGAGCUACCUGACGGAACUCAUCGAACGCCACGAACGCUGGAAGGCUGAGGGCGGUGACAAGGUCGAGGAGGAAGAGCGGCAUCACGCUGAGGAGAUGAACGGCGGUUCAGACCCCGAGGAUCUUUGGGACUUCGGCACAGUACGCCAUGCCGGUACCGUGGGGCGCGGGCAGCCGAACCCGGUACAGGUCUCUGGUCCACCGCUCACCUGGGAGAUGAAUGGCAGGACACCAUCGGAGGAUUCUUCCAACUCUAGCUCUACCUUCACUGCCGGGCGGCGCGGGGUGUCAGAUACAUCUUCAGUCGCGACGAGUGUCAACACGAAGGGCGAGCUCCCUCCCCUGCCGCCGUCCGCGCCAGCUACCACGGCACAUAAACGAUUUGACCAGCAGGCGACCAUUCGACACGGGCCCAACGGGCUCAGCCGCGAGCCAUCAGACGAGGACGAUUACAAUGGUGAUUACGCGAGCCACCGCGAGGCCGAUGACGACUUGCCAGACACGACCAUGCUCGAUUCGGUUGUAUUACCAGCCAUUGCAUCGCUGUUCCCGCGGGUCUCAACGCAGGAGGCGCGGGUGGCGCUCAGCGCCCUGCAGCGCUCCUUCACGGACGCUGAACGCAUUAUACCGGGUGUCACCCUAGAGCUUAUCAACGAGAUCGUGGACUCGGUCGAGCGGGUGGACGAAGACCGAUGAGCCUUGUUGCCACAUCUGCGCUCGGUGCCCUGCGGACAAUCGGCCCUUAUCCAUACUUUGCCUCCCUGCUGUCCUUUGCUACUGCUCCUGGACGAUCAUCGGCCCUACCAGCUUCUCCUAUCCCCGGUCGUGCACGUCCCGUCAUCAUCCCCGCCGUUCCAUACACAUACCUAGCCAUGCACUGUUACUAAUCGUGCGACUGCAUGUAUUCCCACCACCGUCCCACCAUCCCCGUCUUGGCGCACCCUCUUGUCCGGCACUGCAGUACUACCGACGAUGUAUACCAUAGUUUUUUCC